UCGAGGAUAAUCUGAUUCUGUAUUCAGGAUAAGAAGAUGGACACAUUCAUGGGGAGUGAAUAAACUCCCCAAGCUUUUAUAUCCUCUUAGAAGUUGAUCAACUCUGCAAACUACCUCGUAGAAAUAAUGGAAGAAGCACAAGCACAAGUAAAGGUGCAGAGAAUCUCAAGUGUGGCACCGGUGAUCCCAACAGAGAGGCACCCAAUGUUUCUGGCAAACAUUGAUCUUCUCUGGUUACCAGUCAAUAAUGUUCAGAGGAUUCUCUUCUAUAGAAUUCCACCUGAAAACCAAUACCCUUCAAUAGUGGAGAGCUUAAAGAAAAGCCUCUCCUCAGUCCUGGUGUAUUUCUAUCCAUUGGCUGGACGGUUAGACAAGGGAGAAUCGGGCAGAUUGGAGGUUGACUACAAUGAUGAAGGGGUGGAAUUUGUGGAAGCAUCAAUAGAUAUACCCUUCUCCUUUCUGGAAAGAGAUGGGUUUCAGUAUAUGCCCUUUUUUCAAGACCUUGUCCCCAAGGUCAACCCUUUACAGGACCUGGUCCCCAAGGUCGACCCUUUACAGGACCACAACUGCCCUAGAUCGUUUCUCUCGGUACAAGUUACCUGUUUUCAGGGAGAGGGAAUGUGCAUAGGAACUACCCUUCAUCACAUUAUAGCAGACGGAAAAUCAUAUUGGAAUUUCAUGAAAUCAUGGGCAGAGGUUAGCAGAGGGCUCCCUGUGUCAAACCCUCCUCUGCACAGCAGACAACUCUUCAAAGUAGAAAACAAGAAACCCAUUACUAUUUCCUACAAACCCCAUGAGAUAGAAAUCAAUGGAAUCAAAGGGGCACAAAUUUUCAAGUUUUUACCAGACGAUUUGCAGGCAGUGCAGGAAAAAACAACGAGCGCCGAAGAGACUCAAAAGAUUCUUGAGUUAUGGUUAUGUCAGAAAACAGAAGUAGUAUACUCAACCUUCUGCUUUACAGAAGAGAACAUCAGAGCCUUGAAAAAACAGAGCGGGGCUGUGAGUUCCUUAGUAGCAGUGGCCGCCCACUUCUGGAGAAGCGUGAUGAUUGCUCGUGAAGUGCCAGAUGAAGACCAUGUUAUAUUCAGUGUGCUGGCUGAUUGCAGAGGACGUGUGAAGCCCCCAUUGCCCACCUCUUACUUUGGUAACUGUUUAUCCAUGGGUGUUGUGCGAACAACUGCUAAAACUCUGCUUUCAAACAACCUCUGCUUCGCUGCAGGGCUUAUACAGGAGCUCAUCAAUUCCUGUACCUCAGAAACUCAUAUUAACAAUAUGAUAGACUGGCUGGAUUCUCCUGAUAGCGGUUUUCUGUCUUUAAUUAAUGAAUUAGGAAGUGUUUAUGGCACCAAUGUCAUAAGCUCCCACAGGUUCCCAGUUUAUGAGAUUGAUUAUGGAUGGGGAAGGCCAUUGAAUGUGCUGGCUGCAUCCAUGAAUGAGAAUGGGUCCAUGGUUUUGUUUGGUGCAAAUGAUGGCGGAGGAAGUAUACAUGUCUCCACUCGCCUUCCCCGAGAUCAAAUGGACACCUUAACUCGGCAUGUCUCUGUCUCUCAUUGAUUUUUCUUUUGUUCGAGAGGAAUAGUAAAAGAUUCAAUCUUUCGUUUCUUCA